AAAAUUAAUUUUAUCAAUUGUCAAGCGUCAACUACAUUUUUGAAAAUAAUAAAAUAAAAUAAUUUUAAUUAUUUUUGUGGUAGCCUUAUAUAAAAAUUUAACAAUUUAUAUGAAUAACUUAUCUAAUUAGACAAUUUUACUCUGAUCACAACUAAAUAUUAGGCGUAUUAAAAAUUUUCGUUAUAAGAAUAACAUCUUCAUAUUGCUGGCAUUUGCUUGCGUCUUAUCAUUAAAUAGUAUUAUGUUCGAUCGCACUAAGUUCAUUUGAAACUUCCAAAAAAUAUUGUGUUAAUAUUAAAUGUCCUUGUGUUUGAGAGUUUAAAAAAAGAACAUGUCUUUAAUAGCUGGAGUAGGAGAUGAAGUUAUACAGUUUAUGAUAACUGUAAUGGUGAUUGUUAUUGCAUCAUUGGCAUGGUGGUCUACAAACUCUCGACCUGAUAGGUAUAGGACAGUAUUCUUAAUGAGAUCUCGCGGUAAUCAUCCUGUAACUGUGAGCAUAAGAACUAGACCUCCUUUACCUGUCCGACCAAGACUACGCACUCAAAUUACACCUAUAGAACCAGAAUCAAUAUCCACCACAUCAACAUCCAUCACUAGCAAUGGAAAUCAUACGAUUCCCAUACAAGAAAUGGAUAGUAUUGUGGAUGCAGACAUGGCUAUGUUAGACAAUAAUCGGUUACAUUUUUAUAGAGUUGUUGAUGCAACACCGAGUACAUCACAGAUAACAAUUCAGACCAAUGUCACAGAGACUGAAACACAUGUGGAUGUGGAGCCAGCCAGUGAGGCCCAAAUAAGAGAAAUGGAUAGUAUAGUCAGUGCUAUGGAAGCAGAUGUACCCUUGCAACAUGAAAGGAACACCACAGACGCUCCCGCAACGAGUACAGGUAAAGAGCCAAUUCCAAAUACAAGUAGUCCUGUGGAGGAGUCUGAGGGCACUUCCUCUGAAAGUGUGGAGGUUGACCAGUCUAACAAGAUCUUGAUAAAGUUAAAAUAUCUCAAUGAAACACUUAAAGAAGUUGAGGGUAGUCUGGAUGAGCUACUUAAAGAUUUUAAAGGACGUCACUUCGCGGCGGAACUAUCGUCCGACAGUCGGGUGCGUCUAAUAUUCAACGGGCGCGUGUUAGUGGACGAAGCGGCAACUUUACGCGCGUGUGGUUUGCACCAUCAAGCUGUCGUUCAUGCUUUGAUACAUCCUAAACGGAAUGCACCUCCACAGCAGAACCCAACUGAGCCAGCAACGACAGGCGAAACUGUCAUGACGGAGCCCCCGGCUGCUGAACGAAGCUGGGACCUCGAGAAUAUCCUGAUGACAUUAGUCAGCGUAGCGGUUACGGUCGUGUGGUUCUUCAGGUGCGAAUACUCGAACAUGUUCACGGUGAGUGCCAGUGUUGCUUUAUUCGGGCUGACGGUGUUCUACAGUAUUGCCAUAUUCGGCCUUUAUCUUUCCGACACAUUCCACUUCGAGCGACGCCCGCAUCAGCUGCCUAACAAUUGAGGAGAAUUCAUAACUAGGUUUUCAUUUGAAAGUGUUUGUAUAGCUUUUUAAUUUGGGCAAUUUUACUAUUUUUUAAUUUAUGCUUUUUUAUGAUAAGAUGCUUUGCUAAUAAAAAUGUCUAGUAAAUUACUUGAGAUUUAAAGAAUACAAUUUUAAUAUUACCAAAUCUAAAGCCAAACAUUAACAUUACUUUUUUUUAAAUAUUCAGUCUCAAAUUGUUGUUUAAGUAAUUUCGGUACAUUUAAGUUUGGGGUAAGCAAAGCCCUACAAAUUACAGCCUACUCUUUUAGGUUAAGGAAUAUUGCAAAAUUAACAAAUGGUGUAAAUAAUAUUGAGACAAACUGUAUACAUGAAAUCUCUGAUAUAUUGACUGAUUGAUACUUACAGUAUAUGAUUAUAAUUUAAAUAGUGCAACUCAUACGAAAUCGAUUGCCUGAUUACAUAACCAAUGUUAAGGAAUAAUACGGCAGCGAAGGAUAUUUCUACCUUCCCAUUGGAUUUAGUAUUGUUAAUCCUUUAAGUAACUGACUUGACUUUUUAAUGAACUCUUGAAUGCGGCUGUUGGUGGUUCUAAAUAAUCAAAGUGCUCUAAGGAUGAUUGUUAUAAGGCUAAUACAGUGGAUUUCGGGUAUAACAAAGAUAUAUCCGGAGGUACUUACAGGCAAAGGUAAAGAGAUACACAUAUUCGGAGUAGAAAAACAGUUGCUACUCAGAAUAUCACUUAGUAACUGAAACUGAAAUUUAACUCCUAAUGGUAUACGCUUAUCUCGCUACUUAACAUAGCAUUCAAGGGAUUUUGAUUUAAGGUCGCUAAAACCAAGUAAUAAAGGAAAUCCACUGUUGUGGGAAUUGAUAUUUUGCCUCAAUAAGUUAUAAAUUUGUAUAUCAUAUCUUAAAUCAUAGAAUUUAUAACAAAGCAAAUAGUGAUAGUACUUGUGAUGUGUGGCGUAGACCUUAAUAAUAAGGAUAUUACAAAUUUCUUGUAGAAAUAUCGAAAAUAAAUAUUGUACAGUUGUUAUUAACAUUAAUGUUUUGUGUGAGACAAGUUUUGUUGUAAAUUCUUUGGCUUUUUAUUAAGGCUUAGAGGUGCGGGAAUUACUUUGUUAGUCUAAUAGUUUAGUUCAAUGUAUUCUCGAAAUUGUUAAUUUAUAAUCUUAAGACAUCCCUAUAUUUUAUAUGAAGGGUUUCUAAAUGUAACAUUAUAUAAAAUCUUUCAAUUUUUCUGGAAUUCGGUCAGUUUUAUUUAGUACAUAAUUUGUUAUGUCAUUUAUUCCGUGUUUACUUUGUAUAACGCAUAAUUUUUACCUAACUUUUAUUUAAUGAGUCAGUAUAUAGGUCCCCCAUUGAGAUUUUUUUACUUUGUAUAAUAAUUGUAGAUUUUUUAACUAUCAAGUCCGAGUAUAGUGUGGGUAUAAUUUUAUCAGCGAUAAAUUAAUUUAAUAUAUACAUUUAUUGGCCCCAUUAUAUAGAGAUUAUAAAGUUGGUGGAAGUCGGUUUGCUCGAUUCACUACCAUUGUAUUUAAUUAUUUUGCACAGAAUAUUAAAAUGAGGUUAUUGUAUGUACUAUUUUAACGUAAGAUGUAAAUAUUUUAUUAAUUACCUUUUCAUUUCGGCGAUCGUUAAGGCCGUCCAAAAGGAACAACAUUUCGGUAGUCUCAAUUUUGUAAAUAUUUCAUAGUUCUUGUACCUUAUUUUCUCACUAAUAUACGGAGUUUUGUAUAAUUUAUCACCAUUUUAUGAGUUUCUCACGAUUAUCAGCAUGUAUUGUUAUUUAAUUGUAAGAUAAAAGAAUCUAAGGUA